GUAGCAGUGAAACUAAGGUACACACCUCAAAAUUUGCACAACAUGAAAACUGUAGUCUUUUUCACGGUUUUGGCCCUUGCUGUUGCCGCUGUUUUGGCCUGUAAUCCUGACGGCAAUAAUCAGCCAGAAUGUACGAGCAAUAAUUUAAAUGUACCCAUACGUAACUUCUGGGAUCCCACUCAUUAUUGGCUGUGCAAAUCGGCCGGUGCUGUUGCUGAAUCGGUACGUUGUCCGGAUUCACAAGGUUUUGACUCUGCUAAGGGUGAAUGUGUUUCUUUUGAUGUAUGGCAAUGGACUGAACCAUGUCCUGAGGUUGCCGCUUAAAAUUAUGUAAUUAAAUCUUGCGAAUGACAAAUACAUUAUAAUUUCAAUUGCUAACUAAAAA